GGUUAAACUUGAAGGAGUUGAAUAUAGAACUGUAAAUAUUUGUGUAGGUAUAUUUACAAACGGAAAACGGGUGUGACCUGCCAUAAGACCAUUUAAUAGAUCCAUGGACAAACUUGGAUCAUUAAAGACAUUAAUGUAAAGGUAAGAAAUGGAAAGAAGUACAGUUUGUUUGUUGAUGGUUGUCAAUCUGAUGUAUGUGUGUAUUGGAGCUGCUAUCUUUAUGACAUUAGAAUCAGAAAAUGAAACCACGACGUCAUCAGAAAUACUUUCCACUGUUAAUACAUUUCUUGCUAAUCAUUCCACCUGUUUGAGUAACAAGGAGUUACAGAAAUUUCUCCGUAAAGUGCUAACAGCGUAUCAGAAUGGAGUUUUUACAACAAACGAGACAAGAAGUGCAACACAGUGGGAUUAUCCCAGUUCUUGGUUUUUUGCCAUGACCGUUACAACUACUAUAGGAUAUGGGAACCAGUCUCCCGUCACAGAUGGAGGAAGAACUUUCUGUAUAUUUUACGCAUUGCUGGGGAUUCCACUCACAGGGAUAAUGUUACUGGGUCUUGGAGAAAAACUGAAAUUCAUAGUUUAUUCUAUACAGAAUAGGAAAUGUACAAAAUAUGAGAAAACAGAAAGUUUCAUAAAACAUAUAGUACUAAAUGUAUUUAUAGUUGGAUUGUUGACAUUGUUACCGGCGCUGGUCUUCCAUCUUAUAGAAGACUGGACUUACGGGGAAUCUGUAUAUUACUGUUUUAUUACAUUGUUUACCAUAGGGUUUGGUGAUUUUGUAGUAGCUUCAAACGCAGAACAAAAUUACAAAACUUUAUACAAGAUUUUAGUAAAUAUUUGGAUUUACAUCGGUUUGGCGUGGUUCACCACAAUCAUCAGUUACAUUAGUGACAAAUAUACUGAAUCUAUAACGGAAAGAGAAGAUAAAUAUAAGAUUUCCAAUGAUCUACCAAUAGCUGAAAAGUCACAGAAAACUAGUAUCAAACAGGCCGGAAUGUGACUGUCAACUGUGACGUCAUUGUAGACUAUCAACUAGUAGAUGGUUUAGUUCAAACAAAUUAAGACGUGAUUUGGACAUUGAAGACAAUUAUACGGAUAUAUUACAAAAAGAACCACAUAUGUUAAAAUGUAAGGGAGCAACCAUUUAACUUCAAGGGGGAGGGGGUUAUGGUUUUUGCCUGAGUCAGAUUUUUUUUCGCACUAUAAGGUAUGGGGAAAAUCUGGAUUCAGAAUAUUUUUUUUUGUCAUCUGCUUAACCACAAUAUUUUUUUUCAUCAAAUUAGGGAUCAGGAUAUUUGUUUUAGGAAAAAACCAUACCCCUUCCCCCUUGAAGUUAAAUGGUCGUUCCCUAACAGUUUAAGCACUCUUUCUUCAAUUCUAAACACUGUUUGUUAAGGAUAUUUAAUAUCUCCGGGUGUUGAUUGGUGCAGUCCUAUAGAUACCACGUGUAUAAGAAGUACCAACGUUAUGUAAAAGCUUUAAAUGAACUAAUGGAUUAUUGUUGGACAUAAGAAAUUAAAAUAAAGAUGGAUAAAAUCAAUAA